AUGAGUGCAGAAAAUGAAAUUCAAGAGGAAAGAACCUAGGGUGAACAAUUCGAAAAUUGGAAAUAGAAUGUCCCUUUCAUGUAUGAGAUCUGCAUAAGCCACUAAAAUAGUUGGCCAUCGCUGACUGUGACUUGGUUAAAUGAAAUUGAAAUAGACCAAAAUAACAACGAAGUGCAUAAAUUAAUUGUGGCUACAUAAACAGCCAGACAAGAAUAGGAAUUCAUUAAUGUGCUUAAACUAUCACUUCCAUAGUACACAGAAGAAGACUUUGAUGCAUCAUCCUUAAAUAAUAUAUGGAAAACUCAACCUGUUGGUAAGAUAACACAGGAAUCUCAAAUUCCAGUGUAACAUGAAAUCAAUAAGAUCAGACAAUAGCCAAUGAGUAAAAGUAUUCUGGCAGCAUAAACUAGUGUUGGUGAAAUAAGCAUUUAUGAUAUAAAUAAACACCAAAAAGUGAUGUCUCUAAAAGGAUAAGAAAGAGAAGGUUAUGGGUUAUCAUGGAACCCUAAGAAUUAAGGACACCUAUUAUCAGCUAGUUAUGAUAAGAAGAUAUAUUAUUGGGAUGUGACAACUGGAUAAUUAAUAAAGUCUUACAAUUUCCAUAGUCAAGAAGUUGAAGAUGUGUGUUGGCAUCCCCAAGAUCCAAACCUAUUCAUAUCUUGUUCUGAUGAUAGAACAUUUGCGAUAUGUGACACUCGCUCAUAAUAGGGAAUGAAAAUCCAAUAGGAAGCCCACUCUUAGGAGAUUAAUUGCAUUUAAUUUAAUCAAUUGGAACCAAGGUAUUUUGCAACAGGUUCAAAUGAUGCCGAAGUUAAAAUGUUUGACAUCACAAAACCAGAUAAUUAGAUUUAUUCCUUUUCAAAUCAUGAAGAUGCCAUAUAUACUCUUUAAUGGUCUCCUCAUAAAAAGAAUUUGUUGGCUACAGGUUCUGUGGACAACAAAGUUAUCUUGUGGGAUUAUUUGAGAGUAGGUAAAUCACAGGAGAGGGAAUUUGAGAGAGAUGGACCUCCUGAAGUAGUGUUUUAUCAUGGGGGUCAUAGAUCGAAGGUGAAUGAUUUGUCUUGGAAUCCUAAUCAUAAGAAUUUGAUGGCAAGUGUAGAAGCUGAUAAAAAUAUGUUGUAGGUUUGGAAGAUCUAACCGUAAUUGUGGAUGGAUGAAGAUGGUGAUGAAGCAUGAAUUGAUUUAAUCUCUUAUUUAAACAUCGUUAUUUAUUAAUAAUAAA